CUUACUACAAUAUGGAUAUAAAAAAUUAAAAAGUAAUAAAGCGUAAUAUUUUCUGUACUGUGAGAGAUUUAGGUGUGUAACUAUCAUUACCAUGACUGCCAUGUCAUGUCACAUGACUCGUGCGUCAUAAUAUAUAAUUUUCAUGCUUUGAAACGUCAGAACUAGAACUUCAGAACAGAACGUCAGAACACUGUUGGCAAAAUUCAAAAAUGAAGAAUAAACAAAACAAUUACGAAAUACUUCAUCCCAAAAAAUAAAUACUCAAUUGUUAAUGGUUGCAAAAAUAUUUCCAUAAAUUGCUUUGGAAACAGAUAAGAUAAAAAGCUGAUAAAAAUCUUUUUGAAAUUUUCAACAAUAGUGUAAGGUGUAGGUUAUUAACAAAUAGAGGCCAAUAUAUAAUUAUUAAAUAAGAAAAAUGAAUAUUAGAGUAGUGCAAGCAAUAUCUUUAACUCUGUUCGGAUGUAUGCUGAACAAUAUUUUUCUAGAGUACAUUAUACAGUUGGAUCCAGGAGCAGGGCAUUUGAUCACUUUUUGUCAGUUCCUCUUCAUUGCCAUCCAUGGACUUAUAUUCACCUCCAAAUUUGGUACAGUCAAGCCAAAGAUAACAUUUAGAGAUUAUAUGAUACUAGUUGUAUUAUUUUUCACGACUAGUGUGGUAAACAACUGGGCAUUUGCUUUCAAUAUUCCUGUUCCUCUACAUAUGAUUUUCAGAGCAGGGUCCCUUAUUGCCAAUAUGAUGCUGGGAAUACUAAUCCUCAAAAAGAAAUAUACCUUGGAGAAAUACAUAUCUGUGUUAUUAAUAACUAUAGGAAUUAUAAUUUGUACGCUUUAUUCUACCAAAGAGAGUAAAAGGAAAUGUAUUGACUGUGAUAUUGUGGUGGGCAAAGAUGAAGGAAUAAGUGCUUCCAAAGACUACUUCUUCUGGUGGAUAAUUGGCAUAAUAUUACUAACAACAGCACUAUUUUUAUCAGCCAGAAUGGGUAUUUUCCAAGAGGAACUUUACAAAAAACGAGGAAAACAUCCACAGGAAGCCUUGUAUUACACACAUCUGUACCCAAUACCUGGAUUUCUGUUAUACUACCAAAGUCUUGUAGAGCAUUCCACAAUAGCUAGCAAUAGCGAGAUGAUAUCUAUUCCUUUCCUGAAUAUUGGAAUGCCAAUCAUUUGGAUGUUCUUAUUGCUAAAUGUCAUAACCCAGUAUAUGUGUAUCAACAAUGUCUAUAUUUUAACAACCGAGUGCCAAUCACUAACUGUAACUUUAGUUAUAACUUUAAGAAAGUUUCUAUCAUUACUGUUUUCGAUAGUUUACUUUCAAAAUCCCUUUACUAUUGCUCACUGGAUUGGAACUGUUAUGGUGUUCACAGGUACUUUGAUAUUCACAGAAACACAUCAUCGUAUCAGGGAACAAAUUUCCAAAAAACCAAAAACUAAUUGAGAAAGUUUUUGUGUUUUGUUUUUGUUGUUUUAAAUGUUAUUGUUAUGACGUGUUUGCACUUGUUAGUUGCCUAAGGCAAUUUCAAGCAAAUAAACAAUAUAUAAUCUUCAAUCAAACAAUGGGUAGAAUGUCCUAACUCCACGCGUAAAUGUAUUAUUACUAUACAUAUUUGAGUAUAUUGGGUAUUUGAUUGAAAUUUCGUAGUGUAUUGCAUUUGUUCUGUUCUCUAGUUCUAAUCACGUUGACAAUACAAGAUUCACUGCACAGAGUUUUAGAGAAUCAUAUUGUCAUGAUUUAAGUUACUGAGUCUUUGAAAGUAUGAAUCAUUUCAGGAAAGUAUAAGAGCAUUUAAUGUAAUCUAUAUUUGUAGAGGGACAUAACACUUUCUAGUAAAGGCGUUUGAGGUAACAUUGUUAUAAGGAAUUUUAGGAAGUGUUGUUUGUACAUGCAUUUUGGGUAAUAAACGUCUUGUUUGAUUUCUAUGACUAGGAUGAUUCCACCUCAAGUUACCUACUGAGAAUAGCAC